AGCUCCUACCGGUUAAAGUUACCGGCGCGGUUGUUGCAACGAGGUAUCCACCCGGUAUUUCAUGCGUCGUUACUACGUGUCCACGUACCUAACGACGACCGCCUAUUCCCGGGGCGCGCCGAGACUCAGGUCGCAGACUUCGGGGAAGACGCUUCGGAAUGGGCUAUCGACAGGAUAGUCUCGCACAAAGGACGAGGAACGAACACGAUCUUCGAAGUUCGCUGGCGUGCGGGUGAUACAACA